AAUGUUGUGAAAUGGCGGGAAUUGUAGACGAACGUAGCGAAGUGUACAAAUGUGCGUUUAUGUCAGUUUGAUAUAUUUGCGUUACAGUUUUUGGACUGGUGUGGUUGAAAUAUCUACCGUAAACUCAGGUGGAAUACGGGGAAGAUUGUGUCGUCGGAUGUUAUUAAAUUGAGUUAUGUAAGAUUGGUAGACAGUUCUUUGUUGUGUGCUGAAAUCGGAGUAUGCGAUUAAAUAGUGAAGAUAAUAUUAAUAGGUACAUGUCAACUAUUGCCUCUUCAACUACCGUCUGACUAUAUAUUCAGGUUGCUCACUGUUAGGUGUUAACAUCGACGAAUUUAGAAAAAAGCAAAGUGGUGUCUUUCAAUUUACUCUUGUCCAUUACAUUACACUUUGUACGUUUUAUUGUAGUUGAGUCGUAGAAGAAAUCAAGAUACUGCGUUGUAUCGAGGAUCCAUACGAUAGUGGUUUCAAAUAUGAGGAUGGGGAAUUCUGGUAAAAGAUCGUCGCUGCGUGCAGCCUCUCCUCAAAGCGACGAAUCGCCGGAGAAGAUGAGAAGAAUGUCAUUAAGGCUGAAAGAUACAGCAAGAAAAACAAAAUCUGUUAAAAAUGACAGAUCUUCUUUUCAUGCUGUCAUUUCUGAUAAUGAUGAAGCGCCGGAGAAGAUAGGAAGAAAAACAAGAUCUAUUAGAAGUGACAGAUCUUUGUUGCGUGUGGUCUCUUCGGAUAAUGAAUCGCCGGAGAAGAUGAGAAGAGUGUCACCAAGACAAAAAGGUACAGGAGAAAAGACAAAGUCAAUUAAAAAAGACGUAUCAGUCUCUAUGGAUAGUGACAAAUCGACAGAGAAGAUAAGAAGAAUGUCAUCAAGACAAGAAGGUAUAGGAAGAAAAACAAGAUCUAUUAUAAGUGACAGAUCUGUGUUGUGUGUGGUCUCUUCGGAUAAUAAUGAGUUACCAGAGAAGAUGAGAAGCGUGUCACCAAGACAAAAAGGUACAGUAGAAAAGACAAAGUCAAUUAAAAAAGACAGAUCUUCGUUGUGUUCAGUCUCUUCAGAUAGUGACGAAUCGGCAGAGAAGAUGAGAAGAAUGUCACCAAAACAGGAAGGUAUAGGAAGAAAAACAAGAUCUAUUAGAAGUGACAUAUCUUCAUUGCAUGUGGCCCCCUCGGAUAAUAACGAGUCGCCGGAGAAGAUGAGAAGAGUGUCACCAAGACAAAAAGGAACAGGAGAAAAGGCAAAGCCAAUUAAAAAAGGCAGAUUUUCAUUACUUUCAAUCGCUUUGGAUAGUGAUGAAUCGCCAGAGAAAACAAGAGGAAUGUUAUCAAGACAGGAAGGUAUAGGAAGAAAAACAAGAUCUAUUAGAAGUGACAGAUCUUUGUUGCGUGUGGUCUCUUCGGAUAAUGAAUCGCCGGAGAAGAUGAGAAGAGUGUCACCAAGACAAAAAGGUACAGGAGAAAAGACAAAGUCAAUUAAAAAAGACGUAUCAGUCUCUUUGGAUAGUGACAAAUCAACAGAGAAGAUAAGAAGAAUGUCAUCAAGACAAGAAGGUACAGGAAGAAAAACAAGAUCUAUUAGAAGUGACAGAUCUGUAUUGUGUGUGGUCUCUUCAGAUAAUAAUGAGUUACCAGAGAAGAUGAGAAGCGUGUCACCAAGACAAAAAGGUACAGGAGAAAAGACAAAGUCAAUUAAAAAAGACGUAUCAGUCUCUUUGGAUAGUGACAAAUCGACAGAGAAGAUAAGAAGAAUGUCAUCAAGACAAGAAGGUACAGGAAGAAAAACAAGAUCUAUUAGAAGUGACAGAUUUGUGUUGUGUGUGGUCUCUUCGGAUAAUAACAAAUCACCAGAGAAGAUGAGAAGAGUGUCACCAAGACGAGGUACAGGAGGAAAAACAAAAUCAAUUAAAAAUGACAGAUCUUCAUUGCAUGUUGUCACUUCUGAUAGUGAGGAAUCACUGGAGAAGAUAAGAGCAUCAUCAAGGCAGAUAUAUAGAGGAAAGACAGCAAUUAAAAAUGACAGUAUAAGUUCUUCAGACAAAGGUUACGGUGGUAGUUCGUGUGGAGAUGAUGCUGAUUGCCAAGGAAGAGAAGAAAAGACUGCCUUAGAUUGUGGAGUUCUGUGGGCUAAAAAACGCAAGAGUGAAGGUGUGCCUGAUGAAUCAUCAGAAAGUAGUUCUGAUGACUUUCUUGUACCAACGCAGUCAAUUGACUUAAACUCUGAUUUCUUCAAGAUUGAGAAAAAAGAGGUAGUUUCGGACCUUUGUGUGGUAGAAAAUAGUAUUCUUGCUAACAUAAACAGGUUAAGUGAAUCUGACGACUCAGAUGAUUUGCAACAUUCUACAGCUGAUGAAAUGGAAAGAGUGACAAGCAAGCAAGGACUGCAGGAAGGCAAUGAUGUGCUCAAGGAUGAACAUUAUUCUGCUGGACCACUGAGCAUAAGGGUGAAAGAUGUUACUGGCGUUAAAUCACCUUCAGUUGGAAGACGAAAGAAGACAUUUAAUGCAAAACUGCAAAAGGCUUCUGAUAAGUGCAGUAAACCAGAGAAAAGUCAGCAAGAAAAGGCACUGGUGAAAUCCAGCCAUAUUAGAGUUCAAAAUGACAAAAUAUGGGAAACAGGCAAGAAGCGGCUUCAUAAAAUCAAAGUGGAAACCUCUACCCCUGAUGUAAGUAAAUUGGAUGUUUCACAACUGUUGGCUUUGGGAGAAGGUCUGGACCCUAAACCUAAACCUGUCAGGAAAACAAAAAAAAGGAAUAUUUCGAAGAAUAUUGUGGAAAGUGAAGAAGAAGGAAGUAGUGAUUGGGAAGAAGUAGAUACCAAUACUUUCAAAGGGCAGGAGAUCAAACACACAAUCCCUAAAGAAGGUAUUGCUGUUACUGUGCAGAUUCCCAACAUGCAUCAGAAAAAGAAGAAGAAAGCCGUUGAUGUGGCAGGAUAUGUAAGGCGUCAAAUAAAUAGAGUACGGAGGGAUAUACAAAUUCUUAUGCAUAAGGCACAUUUGUUAUGUUGGGUUGCUCAUGGAAAUUAUGUGAAUAAAAUUUUGAAUUCAGAAAUGCUUAUGGCAUUGUCACUGUCCUUGGUACCUUCAAAGUACUGUUAUACUGACAGACAAAUAGAUCUUGCUGAUUUGAAACGAAUUGUUCAAUGGUUUUCAAAAACUGUGGCAGUACAAGAGAAUGUUGAUGAUAAACAACACCUCUUCAUUUCAUUGCUGGCACAAUUUCAAAAGAAGGCCGCAAAAUCAAGAAAAGACAUGGUACUGAUGUUUGUGUGUGUGUUGCGCUCUUUAGGAAUCAACACAAGACUUGUAAUAUCCCUGCAGCCCCUGCCAUUAAAGCCACCACGCUCAGAAAUAAGUAACUUAACUUCAAAAAAAACAACUUCGAAAGGCAAAAAAAUAAAGGGAGAGUUGAAAAAGAAAGCACAAUCUGGGAGAAAAAAGGAUGCACCAAAUACUUCAAAAGGUCUCAUGGGAGAAGAAAGAGACAGUGUGACUGAAGAAGAAGCUAUGUUGUUUAUUCAAGAAGCAGCUGCAAAGAAAGUGGCGCAGUCAGGGAAGUCAAAUCAGAAAACAAGCAGUGAAAAUCCUGUAGGCAUUAGAAAAAGUGAUUCGAGCCGUUCUUUGAGAAUGAGGAGAUCUGUUAUAAAGUAUGCAGAUGAUGGUGACACCACAGACAGUGAUGAAGAAAAAAUUCAGCGUGAACAAGAAAGCAUCAUGGAAACAAAAAUUGUUAAUACAAAUUCUACAAGUUCCAAGAAAAUCAUUAGUAUCAAUGCUGAAAAGAUAAUUGCAAAAGAUACAAAGGGGAAUAAAGCAAGCACCUCUUGUACAAUAGCACAUUCUUUCAGUAGUGAAAGUGAUUCUACUGCUGAGAUUAAAGUUCAGAAAAACCAAAAAGGAAAAACUGACCGUAGGGUAUUAUCUUCUGAUCCAGAAUCUGAUGAAGCUCCUACAGCAGACACAAAGAAGAAGAAGAAGAAGAAGAAGAAAGACCAAUGUGAUGUGUGGUUAGAGGUGUUUUUGGAAUCUGAAGAGAAAUGGAUCUGCGUGGAUGUCUAUCACCAACAGAUUCACUGUGUGCAAGAACUUGCUUCUCGAGCCAGCCAGCCUGUGCAUUAUGUAGUAGCAUGGCAAGAUGACGGUACUAUCAGAGAUGUGACUCGCCGGUACUGUCCUAAGUGGCAUACUGUGACACAAAAGCUUCGUGUUGAUGAGGAAUGGUGGAAGGAGUCACUAAAACCAUUUGCAGGCCAAAGGACUGCUCGUGAUCAUCAAGAGGAUGAGGACUUGUACCGUCAGAUGCAGGAUCGGCCCAUGCCAACCACUCUUGCAGAGUACAAAAAUCAUCCCCUCUAUGUUCUGCAGAAAGAUCUGCUCAGGUUCCAAGCCAUAUAUCCUCCAGAUGCACCAACACUUGGGUUCGUUCGUGGUCACCCUGUUUAUGCUAGGGAAUGUGUCCACACAUUGUACCAUAGGGAAAAAUGGCUGAGAGAAGCAAAAGUAGUAAGGCUUGGUGAAACACCAUACAAGAUAGUGGGACGUCCAAGGUGGGACCGUAUAAAUCGUAAAAUCAUCAAAGGUGUCCCAGUGGAGUAUUUUGGGCCUUGGCAAGUUGAAGACUAUGUCCCACCUACUGCUGUUGAUGGCAAGGUUCCAAGGUCUGCAUAUGGCAAUGUGGAACUGUAUAAACCAAGCAUGCUGCCUGGAGGCACUGUCCACAUGCAAAUUCCAGGUUUGAAUCGUAUAGCCAGAAAACUGCAGAUAGACUGUGCUCCUGCAUUCACUGGCUUUGGGCAGACCAAUGGAAUCUGGGGUCCUCUCUACGAUGGGUUUGUGGUUUGUGAAGAAUACAAGUAUGUGCUGGCUGAAGCAUGGCAAGCAGAAGAAGAGGCGGCAGAGACACGCUGUGAAGAGAAGAGGUUAAAACGGAUCUAUGGAAACUGGAGACGAUUAAUCAAAGGUCUCUUCAUAAGAGAACGAUUAAAAGCAAGAUAUAAUUUUGGCCCUGUCAGAGAGAUAAAUAAUACCAAAACAAAGACAGCAAAGAGAUUCCUCAAGUCCAAAAGAAUGAAAACUGUUGAUUCUGAUGAUUCAGAUUGGGAAAUGGGAGUGUGUGACUAAAUUCAAACAUUUUUUAAGGUUGAACUAGUAAUUGGUAACAUUUGCAACAAACUGCUGUAAGAUUUUCUUCUUAAUUUGUUGUAAUUCAUAGAAUUAUUGCACUCAUGAGCCAUUACAUUUAUUUCCAUGAGUUUGUGAAUAUUCUGGUCAAAGUACUUCAAAGAGCUUUUAUGACAAUUAUUAUUUCAUCAUUUAAUUUCUCCACUUCCACUAUUUGCUAUUAUGUGUUGUUACAUUUCUAUUUGCUAGUAUGUGUUGUUACAUUUUAUGACCAGUAUUUGUAUAUUUUUGAAUCUUACAGUAGCUUUUUGAUGGCUUAUGUUGAGCUUUUGUGUAAUAGUACUUUUGAAGUCCAAAUUUUUAUUUCAUGUUUCCCCUUGAAAGUAAUAUUUGUCUGUUUUUUGUUUAUAUAAAGGGUGUAAACAAUAAUUGUUUACAAUGUACCACAGUGCCGUGGAUAAAAUCAAGGUGAACAGAUUGAUUCAGGACACUUGUUGUGAAUCAAGCUGGGAAGCAGCUUUAAAUUGUCUUACAAAAGCCAACUGCGUUACAGCAUACUAGUGCCAAGUGACAUUUUGGUUAAAUUCGUCCUUGAAUAUUAAAAAUGCCAUUUCUAUUGCACUUGCAAAAUGAUAAUUGUGUGAAAUUUACCUCAAAUUAUUGUGAAUUUUGAAAGCAUAAAAUUGACAAUUAAAUUGUUUUGUUUGUGUACCCUUCUUACUAAAAAAAACCACUGUAGUUGUAAGGGUUAAGUGUAGAUAGAAUUGUAAAAAAAAUAGUUUUUGCAUAACAUUAGCAAAAGUCUUCUUUCUUCAUUACCCUCACGGGAAAGUUGAAAAUAAUAAUGUUUAUGAAAUAACUUACUGAGACAGUGACAUAAGAGGGCAAGAGGGUGGCUUUUGUAGGGCAAUUUGAGGUUCUUUCCCAGUUUGAUGCACCAUGGUACAGUGUAAACAGUUAUCAUUUACACACUUUAUGUGUGAAAGCAUGUUUGCACCAGGUUUGUGUUGUUUGUUUGAAGCAGAGUUUAUCUAAUUCACUAUUUAUGAAUUAUAUAAAUACUUCUUUGUAUAUGAAAUGCUGCUGGCAGCUGUAAUUUUGUAAAGAUAUGGUUUGUUAUCCAAAUUUUAAAAUAUAUUAAAGUCUUUUCUUUAAAAAAAACUAA